AUGUUACCAUCGCGACGAGAUAACGGCAAUAUUUGUCAAGAAUUCUUUAGCUCUUUCUUUCUUUUGUGCCCAUUUUAUGAUACCUAUAUAUACACACUUAUCGAUCUCUCUCUCUCUCUCUCUCACUCUGUUUUUGUUUUAUUUCUUCGAACUACUCUUUCACUUCGUCUCUCUCUCUCUCCUUCAUUUUAUAUCUAUCUAUCUAUCUAUCUAUCUAUCUAUCUAUCUAUCUAUCUAUCUCAGUCUGUCCAUAUCUAUCUAUCUCAGUCUGUCCAUAUCUAUCUAUCUCAGUCUGUCCAUAUCUAUCUAUCUCAGUCUGUCCAUUUCUAUCUAUCUCAGUCUGUCCAUAUCUAUCUAUCUAUUCAUUUCUAUCUAUCUCAGUCUGUCCAUAUCUAUCUAUCCAUUUCUAUCUAUCUCGAUCUGUCCAUUUCUAUCUAUCUCUCUGUCCCCCUCCAUCUAUCUAUUUCUAUUGGCUAUCUAUCUAUUUAA